AUGACCGUGUCUCUCACCAAUCCCGGACCCGAGCUCUCCGGCAUCCUCCCAUCCAAGGCAAACGGUCAAGCGAGCGAUAUGAGCCACGGAGAUGUCAUACUCGACAUCGCAGUGUCGACCCUCCGCGCGCUGGACUACUCGCAGUCCAAUUCCCCGUGGCAUGACCCGAUGGUGAAGCAGGCAGCUGCCGAAGAGAUCCAGUCUUGGGAUCUUGGGGGCGCUGUCUCUGGUGCUAUGAAGUGCCUUGGUACUGCUACCAACCUCGCCGAGCUGUCGUACCCUGCCCAUAAUUUCGACCUGAAAGUCCUGAUAUCCAUCUGCAUUGCGGUCGCCAUAUGGAUCGACAACGUAGCAGACUCGCUCCUCGACGAGCUAAGCGAGUUCCAACGCCGCUUCUACAGCCGUCUCCCCCAACUACACCCCAUCCUGGAUCGGUUCGCUGAGAACCUUCUCAAGCUGUACGACCACUACGAGGCCCACGCCGCCAACGCCAUGAUCCUGUCGAUGUGCGUGUUCAUGGAUGCCAACUGUCUCGAGAUGCGCGCGCUUUCUCAGCACGAGACGGCGAAGAGGGGUGCGGAGCUUUGGCCUUAUUACCUUCGUAGUCAGAGCGGGAUCGCAACGUUCUUGUCGUUCGCGUGCUUCCCCGCGCAAGACCAUCCCGACCACAUGCGCUACAUCCAAGCGAUCCCGGAGAUGCUCGUCUUCAGCGACCACAUCAACGACGUGAUCAGCUUCUACAAGGAAGAAAUGGACGGCGAGCAGCACAACUACAUCCAGAUGAUGUCGCGCAUCUCCGGCUUCGAACCUCUCGACGUCCUGCGCGAUACAUCGCAGAAGGCAGUGUCGACGGCCAAGCGCGCCGACGCUAUCCUGGCGGACUCGCCGGCGGCUUUGAAAGCGUUCAAGGAGUACGAGCGAGGGUUCAUACGCUAUCAUCUCGAGUCGGCGAGGUAUCGUCUGCCGGAGACGUGGAAGGUGCAGUUCGUCAACUGA